GCAAUGUCUCUCCCAUAGAUUGAGGGUAUGCCGGCGGUGCGGAAGAACCACACCGAGUCGGAGACAGGUGGGUAUUCAUUAGAAAUUGGGCGGAGAUGCUCAUGCGUCGCCGUGAGAUCAAAACAAACACGAGAGUUUCUAUUUCCAGUCCACCACAAUAGUCCAUUCACACAAAAAGUUUGCAUCUCAAGGGGAUGCACAGGUAUGGGAUGAGGUACUUUUCUCCAGUGGCAGGAGGAGGAGAGUGGGUCACUGGUUGUGAGAACCUGAGGCACCUUGAAAGCGGACGUUUUAGAGGUGAUGCACAAGAACGUGGAUGGGUACUUACCGUUAUCAUGGCGGCGGUGGCGGCGGCGGCGGUGGUGCUCUUGCCGCUUCCGGCGUCGUGUCGUCCCAUCAAUCCGAUAACGCUUGACGGAGAACGGCGGCCGUCUCCAUUCCCGCCUGGUUUCCUUUUUGGCACUGCUUCCUCUUCUUAUCAGUAUGAAGGAGGUUACAUGGCUGAUGGUAAAGGUCUCAGUAACUGGGACGUCUUCACCCAUAAUAAAUCUGACAACAUAGAAGAUGGAAGCAAUGGAGAUGUUGCAGAUGAUCAGUACCACCUAUUUCAGGAAGACAUAGAUAUUAUGGCUUCUCUUGGUUUGAACAGUUACAAAUUCUCAAUUUCAUGGGCUCGAAUACUACCAAAGGGAAGAUAUGGAACCAUAAACACGGAAGGGAUCAAGUACUAUAACACCCUCAUUGAUGCCCUCCUAUUAAAAGACAUUAAACCAUUUGUUGUGCUGAAUCAUUUCGACAUUCCUCAGGAACUGGAGAACAGAUAUAAAGCUUGGCUAAGUCCUGAACUGCAGGAAGACUUUGGAUAUUUUGCUGAUAUCUGCUUCAAAAACUUUGGAGAUAGGGUGAAGCAUUGGGUAACCUUCAAUGAACCAAAUAUGUUCAUACCUUUAGGAUACCGCUCAGGAGACUACCCACCAAAUCGUUGUUCAAAACCAUUUGGGAAUUGCUCUCAAGGUGAUUCGGAAAAGGAACCUUUCCUUGCAGGGCACAAUGUCAUUCUGGCUCAUGCAGCCGCUGUUAAUAUCUACAGAACCAAGUACCAGGAAGAACAAGGUGGUCAAAUAGGUUUUGCUGUGCAUACAUUUUGGUAUGAACCAGUAAGCAACUCCACCGCAGACAAGUUAGCAGCAGAAAGAGGCCAAUCCUUCUUCUCAAACUGGUUCUUGGACCCAAUCAUAUACGGAAGAUAUCCUAAAGAGAUGAAAGACAUAUUAGGAUCGCUCUUACCGGAAUUCUCAAAAGAAGAGUUGGAAAAGCUAAAAACAGGAAUAGAUUUCAUUGCCGUCAACCAUUAUACCAGCUUCUAUGUGCAAGACUGCAUCUACUCAGACUGUGGGCCUUUAAAAAGCAAUAACAAAGUAGAAGGUUUCAUUGGAACAAGUUCAUUCAAGAAUGGCAUCCCGAUUGGGGAAGCUACAGGGAUGGGGAUCCUCUACGUUUAUCCGCAAGGAAUGGAGAAAAUAGUAACAUACUUGAAAGAACGAUAUAACAACACACCACUUUAUAUAGCAGAAAAUGGUUAUAGUGAGAGAGCAAAUUCACAAUCAAACAUUGAAGAAUUGUUAUAUGAUAUCAGGCGUGUCAACUUCAUGGCCAAGUAUAUUGAUAGCCUUUCAACUGCCAUGAGGAAAGGAGCCGAUGUGAGAGGGUAUUUUGCUUGGUCCUUGCUAGACAACUUUGAGUGGUUGUAUGGCUACACCUUACACUUUGGGCUCUAUCAUGUCGAUCGGGUCACGUUAAAGAGAACACCAAGAUUAUCAGCAAGUUGGUACAAACAGUUCAUUGCAGAACAAAAGAGAGCUGAAAUCCCAGCACCAAAAUUCUUGUAAUGCAGGAAGAACAAUUCAAUGAAUGUUGUUUAUACGUUAUAGCAUUAUACUACCACUUUGUUACUCUUAUAAGUGGGAAAUUUAAAGUACUGAUAUGCACUGUAAGUUUCUAAAAUGGAAAUAACAUUAAAUUUAGAGUUGAUUAGCUCAACUCAGCAUACUGCCAAUGUCACAACUUUAUUGGGAAAUUUAAAAGCAUAUAUGUUCAUUUUGGGAGGCUGGAAGCUGCAUCCAUUAAAAGAAGUUGAGGGAGUAAACUGUCAAAGCAAUG